GUUUUGAGAAGUUUAGACAUCCCACUGAGAAUGCUCCUCGUUCUCACAUUUUUUUUUUUCUGGUUUUCGCAGAGAGCUCGGAAAUGGCGAUGCGUCUGAGUCAUCCUCUUCGCCCUUCUUCCCUCCCAAAAUUCCAAUUCCGCCCUAAAUCCCUCUCAACCUGCAAAUUCUCAAUUCAAAAUCGCAUUUCCAACUCCGAUAAUUCGCGUAAGCUAGUAAUGGAAGUAAAGGAGAAGCUUGAAAAAGAUCAGCAUAGUCUCCCUGUUGGCAGAAAUGGACGAGACGAUGAAGACAUGAUUCUAUGGUUUCUGAAGGAUCGAAAGUUUUCGGUUGAAGAUGCUGUCGCAAAAUUGACUAAAGCCAUUAAAUGGCGUCAAGAAUUUGGUGUGUCUGAAUUGCAUGAAGAGUCUGUCAGAAUUGUAGCUGAAACCGGAAAAGCCUACGUGCAUGACUUUCUUGAUGUCAAUGAUAGACCAGUACUAAUAGUGGUAGCAUCAAAGCAUUUUCCUGCUAUGCAGGAUCCUAUUGAGGAUGAGAAGUUGUGUGUGUUUCUGAUUGAGAAGGUGUUGAGUAAACUCCCAGCUGGGAAAGAACAAAUACUUGGGAUAAUUGAUCUUCGGGGCUUUGGUACUGAGAAUGCUGAUCUUAAAUUCUUAACUUUUUUGUUUGAUGUAUUCUACUAUUACUAUCCAAGGCGGGUGGGCCAGGUCCUUUUUGUGGAAGCUCCCUUUGUAUUUAAACCAAUUUGGCAGCUGGUGAAGCCCUUAUUAAAAUCAUAUGCUUCUCUGGUGAGAUUUUGCUCCAUGGAGACUGUGAGGAAGGAAUAUUUUACAGAAGAAUCAUUUCCAGCCAGCUUCAGAGACUGAAAGCAUUUUCACUCUGAGAGGAUCUUGAGCGGUGCUUUUGGGUAAGCUGCUGAAGAUGGACCACAAGCAUUUUCCUAGCUGUUUCUGGCUCCCGACUUCUGUAGAGUGGCACAGCAGUUUGGCUGAGAAAAUGCAGGAUAGAGACCCAAACAUUACUCUCCAUUGUUGUAAUUUUCAUGGUCAUGAAAACAAUAAAUCAUCUGAUAGUCUUAUGAUACAAUGAGAUUACAAAUUCACCAUUUUUUUCA